UAGGGGGCGCUAUUCUCAAAAUGGCAGCCUCCAUACGCUUGCGAAUUUUUCGGGCUGUCCUUCGAUUUCAAGCGAAUUUCGUGGCAAACGGUACCCAAAAAAAGAGACUUUUAAUAUUUUUGCGAGAAUACAAUUCAAAUUACAGCAUAUUUGGCUUUAGACGCUCACUGACGCCUUUAAGAUAUUUUUCCGUGACUUUUUCUAGACCGGCGAUUGCGAUAGGUUGCGCAGGCGUUUCUUUGACGGGUCUCUGCGGCGUUGCAUUGGCGCAUGCACGUUGCGCUGAAUCAAACAUUAGUGAUACGGUGAAAGAGAGGUGGUUCAUAGCUGCAAGAAGAAACAAUGUUUCAGAAGUUAAAAGGCUAAUCCAAGCUGGCAUAGAUGUCAAUGAGCGUCAUCCACUUGGUUGGACGGCCCUGCAGGUAGCGGCCAUCAACAAGAAUGAAAGUGUGGUACGAGCCCUAUUGCAGGCCGGUGCUGAUCCCAAUCUUGGUGAUGACUUCACAAAUGUGUGGAAUGUGUCACAGAACAAGGGCAUCAAUUCAUUACAUGUCCUUGUCACAAGGGAGGAUGAGUUCAGUGACAAACUAAACAACCGAGCAACAUUCAAAGGAUGCACUGCAUUACAUUACAGCGUCUUGGUUGAUGACCUUCCUAUCACUAAGAUGCUUCUGGAAGCAGGAGCGAAUCCCCUUCAGGAAAACGACAGCGGCCACACCCCAGUACAGUAUGCCAAAAGUACUGUCAUCAAGGAGCUACUCCAGAAACACGAAAAAGAUUUUAAAUUGCUUGAGGAACAGAGAUCAGCAGAAGAGAGGCGGAGGUAUCCAUUGGAGCAAAGACUCAAGGAAUUCAUCAUUGGUCAGGAAGGGGCUAUAGCAACAGUUGCAUCUGCAAUAAGGAGGAAAGAAAAUGGGUGGAUGGACGAUGACCAUCCUCUUGUGUUUCUGUUCCUGGGUUCAUCAGGCAUUGGAAAGACAGAGCUUGCCAAGCAGAUCGCCAGGUACCUCCACAAAGACGUCAAGAAGGGAUUCAUCAGGAUCGACAUGUCUGAGUACCAGGAGAAACAUGAAGUGGCCAAGUUCAUCGGUUCCCCACCUGGUUACGUCGGGCAUGAGCAAGGCGGUCAGCUGACUAAGAAACUGAAGGCUUGCAGCAACGCUGUGGUGCUGUUUGAUGAAGUAGACAAGGCGCACCCUGACGUGCUAACUAUCAUGCUGCAGCUGUUUGAUGAGGGUCGUUUGACAGAUGGCAAAGGGAAAACCAUUGAGUGCAAGGAUGCCAUCUUUGUCAUGACUUCUAACUUAGCAAGCGAUGAGAUUGCUAGAUAUGGACUGCAACUUAGACGGGAGGCAGAGGAGAUAGCAAAACAGAGGCAUGCUGGGAAAUUGGGUGACCUUGAGAUUCCUGAGAAGGUAACCGUCUCUCGGAAGUUCAAGGAGGAGGUGGUGCAGCCCAUCCUGAAGCAUCAUUUCAGGAGGGAUGAGUUCCUUGGCCGCAUCAAUGAGAUGGUCUACUUCCUCCCGUUCUCUCGGUCUGAACUCAUCAAGCUGGUCACCAAGGAGCUGGACUUCUGGGCCAAGAAGGCCAUGGAGAGACAUGACAUUGAUCUCAGUUGGGAUAGACAGGUGCUUGACGUAUUGGCUGAUGGGUAUGAUGUGCAUUAUGGUGCAAGGUCGAUCAAACAUGAGGUGGAAAGACGUGUUGUCAACCAACUAGCAGCCGCACAAGAACAGCAACUAAUCGAGAGAGGAUGCCAGCUCCGCAUCACCGUGGAAACCAGUCUUGAUGAAACAGCGCCCUCUAUGAACAAAAGUUCACCCCCUGAGCCGGCAGUUUCCCAUCAGAGCCUGUUGAGACUGCAGAUUGUGUCCAAGGGUGGCAAGAAAACGCUGGACCUGCAGAAUGUACCUGUUCCGGAUAAUGUGGACUUUAAAGCUCGCUUAUAAUGUUGAAAAGCGCCCUCUUGUGGUAGAAAUAAAGUAGUUGAAGGAGGAUUCAUUCUUUA